CAAAGAAUCUCAUCUUGUUAUGUAACAUUUUGUAUUUUAGAUCCACUUCCUGUUGCUGCUGCCUCUAUGUGGACCAGGAAAGAUAUUGCAGAGUUUAAAGAAGCAAUUAGAAAAGAAGGAGGAGAUGGUAUAAUCAAAGUUGGCCAUGGUGAGACGGUCACAGUGAGAGUUCCUACUCAUGAUGAUGGCACAUGUUUAUUUUGGGAAUUUGCUACUGAUAAUUUUGACUUAGGAUUUGGCGUUUAUUUUGAAUGGACUAGAAGCCCUGAUGCUCAAGUAACAGUACAUAUUAGUGAAAGUGAAGAUGAAGAGGAUGAAGAUGAAGAGCUCGAACAAGCUCGUCAUGAUAUAGAAAGAGGAGUCGCAUUGUCUGAUAGACCACCAUUGAGUGUAAUCAUUCCUGUGUAUCGUAGGGACUGUCAUGAAGAAGUAUAUGCAGGCAGUCAUAAUUAUCCAGGUCAAGGGGUUUACUUGUUGAAGUUUGAUAAUUCAUAUUCAUUAUGGAGAUCUAAAACUUUGUAUUAUAGAGUAUAUUAUACACGAUGAGAAAAAUUUGUGUAUGAAUCUGUUUGACCACUGCAAAUAUAUAAUUAUUUUCACCAGAUGUCUUACGUUCAGGAGCUACAAAGCAGUUGUGUAUUAUAGUAUACUUUUGUAUGCAUUAGUCCCGCUUUUUAUAUUUUGUUAUUAUUUAGCCAUACAAAUAAAUAAUAAUUAAGUCUUUAGAUAAAGAUAAAUGCACUUUGUUGUAUUAGCAUCCCCUUAUUGCUAAGUCUUUGUUAUUUAUUAAUACCAAAAAGUAUUCAUCAAAAAUUUGGAAGGGGAGGCUAGUCUUGAAAUAUAGCAUAAAUAGAAUUCUUUUCAUUCUUAAAACAUGGAUGAAUACAGUUCAUAUAAAAAGUAAUGAAUAUUAAUAGAUAAGAAUAUUGUGCAAUUUUUUGUUUUAGUUUCUUGUGUAAUAAAAAACAAGAUGUUUCUGAGUAAUUAUUCCUUUCCGUACUCAUGUUCAGUAGUGAGGAUCUUUCAGAAAGGUAUGGCAACAUAUGCGUAAUGUAUAAAAACUAUCAUUGUACAAUCUAGUAUUUUUUGUGCAAUCACUCCCUUGUAUUUAUUCUUUUAAGAAAUGUAAUUUGCAAGUCUCUGGUAAAAAUAACUUGGUAAUAAAUUUUUGCUGUUGCAUUAGUGCCAUAUGAUGUAAUUACGUAACUACAAGUUUUGUAUUUGAUCUCAUCAUAAUUUAUUAUUACCAGCCACAGAACAAAAGUGCUAGUACUUAAUCUCAUUAUUACCUAAAGUAAAAUAAUGCAAAUGAAAAUUUCUUGAGUCUUUUUUUAAAUUAAAGUACAUUGUGCCCUGGAAGAAAUUCUAAAACUGAAGAACUUCAGGUUCGUAUUUAUUUUAAAUCAAAAACUAAACAGUUAUUUGACUUACCUCUGAGUGUUGAAUUAAAAAAAAGACUGUUUUCAAUAAAUCGCAUUAUUUAUGUUUUGAAAUGUACUGAAUCGUGUUUGAAAUCAAGUCCAGAGGCUGAAUUUUCCCCAUUUUUUUAUGCCUAUUCUUAACAUUAUCUAAACAAUGUUAAUGUUUUGAUAAAUAAUAUUUGGGAUUAAAAUUAUUUUGGAAAAUUUUAACAGACAUAUAAAUCUUGCUGUUUAUUUUGGUUUUAUUAUAAACGUGCAAUAAAAAUGUUAUAACUGUUCACACCAACACACACACACACACACACAUAUAUUAUAUAUAUAUA